AUGCAACGAUUGCAGAUAUGUAAACUUAAUGCAAUUCAAGUUAAAGAAGAGCGCAAAGUUCUAAUUAGCUCUAGAAUAGUUAAAGAUACUUCUCUUUCUUUAGAAAAGCAAACUUUAACCUUUAACGAUCUUUAUAAAAAUCUCAUUCAACCUGUAUUUAGGUUUCGUGAAGUUCAUGUAUUUGUUGGAAAAGGUGACUUAAAAUGGAACUUUGUUCAAGAUGGCUUACAAGACGAACUUACUUAUACUAUACUUACUGAUCUUACAAAAUCCUUAACAUUAUCAACAUCUAUUCCUUGGGCUUGUGGAGUAAUUUGGAAAUUAGUAAUUGAACAAGUUCUUGCUUUAAUUACAAUAGUUGAUCAGUAUACAAAUUUUUUGAAAAAAGCCAAUGAUCAUAUACAUGAAAUUCAUUAUAGUGGUAUACCAGUUAGAGAUCCUAGUGUAAAUUUAGAAGUAUAUACUAUUGAUGCUGAUUCUAAUGAUAUAAUUAAAGAAAUUUAUGAAGA